CAUUCAAUGUAUAUUCAGUUCUCAGUGAACAUUCGUGCAAAUCUUACAUCCUCAAGCUCGCCGAUAUCUCCAAAAGAAACAUGAAGACCAUCAUCGUCGUCUUUGCCUUAUGCCUCGUCGGUGCCUUGGCACUCACGGACGAACAAAAGACUAAAUUGGCAGAAUACAGGACAGCUUGUAUCACCGAAACUGGUGUUGAUCCGCAGGCAGUUGACAACGCUAAAAAGGGUGUUUUCGCUCAAGAUGAUGAGAAAUUGGCUUGUUACGCCUCUUGUAUACUGAAAAAGAUAAAAAUCAUGAACGAGGACGGAACCAUCAAUACAGAAAUUGCCAGACAAAAAGCUCCAGCUGAUGUACCUCAAGAUCAGAUCGAUGAUGUAAUUAACAAAUGCAAAGAUACAACCGGUCCAAAUGACUGUAGGAAGGCCGCCAACUUGAUGCUGUGUUUCAUGAAGAAUAAGUCCUUCCAAGUAUUGUAAUAAACAGGGAACUGUCAAUUUUAAACGAUUCGAUCAAUAACUAGAUGUAUUUCGUAUUUAAACUGGCACAAAAUAUUUGAAGAUUUAAAU